CUUCUUUACACUCGCACACACUACACACACUACACACACUACACACUCUACACACUCACCCCCACCACCGCCGGCCGCCGGAGCAAAAGCACCAGCCUGAAAAUGGAGACUGCGAGAACCGUGAAAGAUGUUUCACCUCAUGAGUUCGUGAAGGCGUACGCCGCUCAUCUCAAGCGCUCCGGCAAGAUGGAGCUACCACACUGGACUGAUAUUGUCAAGACUGCUACGUUUAAGGAACUUGCACCGUAUGAUCCUGAUUGGUACUACAUCAGAGCUGCAUCCAUGGCAAGGAAGAUUUACUUGAGAGGAGGACUUGGUGUUGGUGCUUUCCAGAGGAUUUAUGGAGGACGCAAGAGAAACGGUAGCGCUCCACCUCACUUCUGCAAGAGCAGCGGUGGUGUUGCUCGUCACAUUCUUCAGCAGUUACAGACCAUGAACAUUGUUGACUUUGACUCCAAGGGUGGAAGGAAGAUUACAUCCAACGGACGAAGAGAUCUUGAUCAGGUUGCAGGAAGAGUAGGCGUUACUGCUUGAUGCAGAUCGUAAUGGACACAUCAAAGUUCAAACACAAGGUUUUAAUUUUAUUUGACUUGGGCCAAGAGUUAGCUUACUGGUAAAUCUGUUUUCUGCCAUGCCUACCAGACAUAAUAUCACCCAUGUUCUCGUUUUUUGGUCGUCUUUGACUUUUGGACAUUGCUCUUUUUUCAGAAAUUAAAUUUCUUGUAUUGAGGUUAUUAAGUUAAGCUUUGACUGUUUUGAUCU